UGUGUGUGUGUGUAUGUGUGACACGAAGGGACCCGUGUGCCACUGCUGAGAACACACACACACAAACACACACGCACAUGCGCACACACACACACACACACACACACACACACACACACACACUCUGCUGCCCACUGGAACUCUAGUGUAUGCAGAUGGUGUGAGCUGUCAGGCAAAAAGUUUAUGACAGCUCUCUCUCUCGCUCUCUGUCUCAGUGUGUGUGUGAGUGUGUGAGUGUGUAUGUAUGAGGCUACGGACUCUAUUCUCUAAACGGACUCUGGAACACCUUGCUCUCUGUUUGGACUUUUUGUGUCUGAGAUUUUCUGGAGGAGUGGAUUGGGAUCAGUGUUUCCAGUGUGUGAGUGUGUGACAGCGCUGUGGAGCGGAGGAGAUGGAGGAGCAGGCGUGCACCGUGGGCGUCGCCCCCCAGAAGAAGGUGCUGCGCUGUGGUUGGCUCAGGAAGCAGGGCGGCUUCGUCAAAACAUGGCACUCACGCUGGUUUGUGCUGAGAGGAGAACAACUGUACUAUUAUAAAGACGAGGAUGAGAGCAAGGCUCUGGGUGCCAUCUUCCUGCCGGGUAACCGUGUCACCGAGCAUCCCAGCAAUGGAGACGAAGCCGGCAAGUUUCUGUUCGAGGUCAUUCCAGGGGGCGAUAGGGAGCGGAUGACGUCCAAUCAUGAGACGUACCUGCUCAUGGCCAGCACGCAGAAUGACAUGGAGGACUGGGUUAAAACCAUCCGCAGGGUCAUAUGGGCCCCGUUCGGAGGAGGUAUUUUCGGUCAAAAGCUGGAGGAAACGGUGCGGUACGAGCGCCGGUACGGGAAUAAGCUGGCCCCCAUGCUGGUGGAGCAGUGUGUGGAUUUUAUCCGACGCUGGGGGCUGCAGGAGGAGGGUCUAUUCCGUCUCCCCGGGCAGGCCAACCUCGUCAAAGAGCUGCAGGACGCCUUCGACUGCGGAGAGAAACCAGCCUUCGACGGUAAUACCGACGUGCACACAGUGGCAUCUCUGCUGAAGCUCUAUCUGAGGGAGCUUCCUGAACCCGUGAUCCCCUUCUGCAAGUACGACGAGUUCCUGGCCUGCACCAAACUGUUUAGCAAGGACCAGGAAGCAGGAAUGAAGGAAUUAAGGAGACAAGUGGAAAGUCUACCUCUAGUCAACUAUAAUCUGCUAAAAUACAUAUGCAGGUUCUUAGAUGAAGUACAGUCUUACUCAGGAGUGAAUAAGAUGAGUGUGCAGAACCUGGCUACGGUCUUCGGUCCGAAUAUUCUGAGGCCCAAAGUCGAGGAUCCUGUGGCUAUAAUGGAAGGUGCAGUUCUGGUGCAGCAGCUCAUGGCCGCUCUCAUCGGCCAGCACGCCGUUCUCUUUCCCCCGGACGAGGACAGUCCUGGUGCUCUUGAGUCGUGCAACAACAACAACGAUCCCCUGAAACGCUCCACCACUGGACAACUGCAAAAUAAAGAGAAUAACAACACCGCUAGCGUCCGUCAGUGCACUUGGGAGGCGCCUGACUCUCCCGGACGGGUCUCUCUGGAUAACGGCUCACCUCGUUCGGGCAGCCCAAGAAAUGUUCCUACUGUGCCGCGCUUUGAAGUGACCCGAAGCCCUCCUCUGACUGUAAAGAAGAACCCGGCGUUCAUCAAAGGCAGCGGCAUUGUCACCAACGGCUCCUUCAGCUCGUCAUCUUCAUCCUCAGCAGAGGAAAAGAGUCCGACCCUGGUGGGUACGGGUACGCUACAGAUGCGUCGCACUGGCGCACUCAAAUCUUCAGGUACCAAGAUGGGUGUGCAGAAUGGUGGAGUGAGGAUGGGCGUGUGCAGCACGGACAUUGUUAAUGGGUCCCUGAAUAGCCGAAACGGACUUUGGUCUCCUCCUGGAGGUGUGACGCUGCGGGAGGUCAAAGGCCGUGAUGCAGAGCAGCAACAGAACCGCCUCUCGACGUAUGACAAUGUUCACGUACAGCAGACGCCAUGCUCACCGGGACAGCCAUGCACGAGCAACAGCUGUGAGGACAAGCAGAGCGUGGACAGCGCCACCUGGUCCACGUCGUCCUGCGAGAUCUCGCUGCCGGACGUCUCUGCAUCGUGUCGCUCGUCCACUACUACAUGCCCCGAGCAGGACUUUACCUUUGAGGACCCUUUGCUGGACGAGGGAGAGAGGAGGAACGCUAAUGCUAACACCAAUGCCAAUGGCGGAGGUCGAGGCAGCAGGGGGACGAGCAGCAGUGAGAACAGCGAGGUGGCAUUUCCUAUGAGCGGACACAGCGCCCUCCACAGUCUGGUGGCCAGUCUGAAGCAAGAGAUGCUCAAACAGAAGAGCGAGUACGAGACCAGAGUAAAGAGUCUGGAGCUGCGUAACGUGGACCUGGAAGCUGAGUUGGUGAACCUGCAUGAGGAGCUGGAGCAGGAGCGCAAGAAGUACACGAUGGUAGAGAUCAAACUGCGUAACGCAGAGCGCGCCAAAGACGACGCCGAGAAGCGCAAUGAGAUGCUGCAGAAGGAGAUGGAGCAGUUCUUCUCUACCUUCGGAGAUCUGACCGCUGAUCCUCGCAGGCCAGAAAGAGCCAACACCAUCUGGAUCCAGUGAGCAGGACUAGACCAAGAACUGGAUACCUGGACGGGGAAAUCUGGGAAUGUGUAGGCUUCAAAUGUGACCAAUCUGUCAAAAAGGAAGCCCAUUGAGCCAAAAUGUGAAAACUGGACCAGCCAGUAAUGGCAUAAUAAGAUUGUAACAGCGGGAGAACAGGUGGGGGAGCUGGAACGUACCAUUUGGAUCCAAGAAAGGAGUCGGAGGUUCUUUGGAAGUGAAGUUUGAUCCCUGUAAAAAAACAGGGACAACUAGAGAAUGUUUCUUUACCCAAAGAAGGAUGUAAGAGAACUGUUGAAGACUGUUGCAUUAUGGGUUAUUGAGCUUUUUAAUAGACUAGAGCUUUACAUGAAGAAGAACCAAGAAUGUCGCAUCUUCAUUUGUGAUCCAACCAAAUCAUGUCCUUGAUCUCUGUUCCCUUGUUCCGUGUCAUUGUGUACUCUGUGUAUAUAAAGCAAAGCAAUGUUGAAGAAUUUUGAAGCAAAGCAGAUGUAUGUAUAAAAAGCAAACUGAAAUAUUUUAAUGUAUGUCUGAUAUUUAAACUGAGGAUUAUUGGUGUGUCACAUUUUUUAUACCAAGCUUUAGUCUUGCACUUAGCGUUUUUCUGGCCAAUAUGGUACUGAAACUCAAGCUGAUGCUGUUUUUUUCCAGGCUCCAUUUUGGAUUCACACGUACUGGAUUUGGCCCAUGACCAAAAGCAUGGAGAAGAAACUGUACAUGUUUUAGAACAUCUGGUAAACACUGUGUAGGUAACAGUCACCUCUCAUGACAGCCUUUUCUUUACUGAGAAAUGCUAACAGUCAAAUUGAGGGUCAAAGGUUACCCAACUGGGCAUGUGCUGAUACUCAGCUUUUCAUAUAUCGUUUGUUACAAAAUCAAUCAAAUUAUCCCCAAAUUUAUACACAGUUUGUGUCUGAUGUUUGCUUCUUUAAUUUUGCACUAAAGGUAUGGGACUGAUGUAGGUAACAAAUAUCAGAAAUCUGUUUCGCUCAAAAUCAUAUAGUUUUUAGUCUUUUCAGUGAAUUGAGUCAUUUAUGUUCAUUCGAAUUAAAUAAUUAAUUGAGAUCGAUUUUCUGAUUCCUUCCAUUGCAAAAUUUUUUUUGCACAAUGUUCAAACAUUAGUUCCCUGAAUGUGAGAGGAGAGAAUCUUGGUCAUGAAAGAUUCUCUCUGAUUCACUGAUUCAAAGAUUCACUGAUUCAAACCCCAACCCACUGAACAAGAGCAGCAAAUCUCUCUCAUGAGCAAAAGAUUCACUGAUUCAUACACUGAGCCCUUGAAUAUCAGAGGAGAGAACCUUGGUAAAUGCCUGAAAGAUUCACUGAUUCGAACAAUGACCCACUGAGCAAGAGAUGAGCAAACCUCUGUCAUGACUGAAAGAUUCACUGAUUCAAACCCCAACCCAAGUGGAGUGAAUCUCAGUAAUGACCAAAAGAUUCACCGAUUCAAAUACAGACCAGCUGAAUGUGAGUAGUGUGAAUCUCAGUCAUGACUGAAAAGAUUCACUAAUUCAAGAGGCACAGAAGUAGCUUUGCCAUACUUACAGACUCAGAGAGAUACAGAUAUAAUGUAAACCUGCAUAAAAUAUGUUUAUAAUCAUGUUUUAAGGCUAUUUACUGAUGCUGGAGUCAGUCAGGAAUGACUCAUUGCAUGGCUGUGAUCAAUUCAUUCACCUUAGUCUAAAAAGUCUAAAAAGUCUAAAUCAUUUGCAAAUGUGUCUCUGUGUUUGGACUUUUUUUGGUAGCUUUUGAUCAUUACUUAACUUUUCAUCAGGGUUUACAAUACUGUUAUAAUAUUGUAUCCUACAUUCCUGGGAAAUUACAACAUUUUGUAAUGUUAUUCAAAUUUUAUGGACUUGGAUACAUUUCAAAACUUCUCCAAGGGCAUCCAGCAAAAUGAGACGAAAUGUGGAAUGUGCCAAACAGCUGUCCUCAUGCUAUCUGCCCAGUGAGACAGACUUAAACUCGGGAAAACAAAGGCUGCUCAGAAACCUUCCAACUGAAAAGAACACAAGGGGGAAUAACGAUGUAAUGUGAGUUGAAUUUCAUGAUUUGUCGUAGUCCUGAUUACCAGCACAUGCCCAACAGCAAAACAUCAUAUUCAUUCAUGCUUGUAUGGAAUCUCUUCAUCCUGUAUGUGUUUUCAGGUGCAUUUUAUUCCACCUUCUCUCAACGCUUUAUUGAGCCUACUGUAGCCACAGACACUCUGUACAAUGCAAAUUAAAUUAUGUGACCUUA